AUGGCCAAGUCGAAGAACCAUACCUCUAAGAACCAGAGCCGCAAGGCCCACCGCAACGGUAUUAAGAAGCCCAAGAAGGAGCGCUACAUCUCCAAGAAGGGUGUCUGCACCAAGUUCCUCCUGAACCAGCGCUACGCUCUCCAGGGCACCUUCCGCGCCGUGAACCCCGAGCGCUUCCAGAAGAAGGACUAA